UAUUUAUACAUCUUCAAACGUCCUCCUUCUUUGGGCCAUGACAGGUGCCCCUCAGCUCCACCUGUCCAUCCUUUUCCACAGCCACAUGGUGGUGGACAAAUCCAGAAAGGGAUCAGUCAUUCAAGAAAUGGCAUGCUGAAGUGCCACGGGGCCACGGAAGAUCUCUGGACACCGGAUCAGACGCAGCUGCCCCCCGGCUGCUAUUUUCACUCAGCUUAAAGCACCAUGGGCAGCCAGCAUCUAUGCCAUGGACUACCCACAACAACCAGUCUGCCUCUGCACGCCAUGAAGUCCACUGCAGGCGAGCGAGGGCUAACUCAUGAACAUCCUGCACACGAUACCCAGAGCUUACCCUCCGACCCUGAUGAGCUCGACAGCAGCAGUGACAGUUCGGAGAAAUCCACCGGGAGCCCAACGCGGGGCCACAGGGAGGCGGGGAGACACAGAGGAGGCCGUAGACUCUCAGGGGUUAGUAAACAACGGCAGGCAGCUAAUGCUCGGGAGCGAGACCGUACACACAGCGUCAACACCGCCUUCACGUCUCUACGCACCCUCAUCCCCACGGAGCCGGCCGACAGGAAGUUGUCGAAAAUCGAGACUCUGCGAUUGGCAUCAAGCUACAUUUCACACCUGGCCAACGUGCUUCUGCUAGGGGAGGACUGCAGGGACGGGCAACCGUGUCUAAAAUAUCAAAACAUCUUGCAAAGCAACACCAACCUCAAAACCCCACCAGUACGACCCAUCUGCACCUUUUGCCUGAGUAACCAAAGGAAAAUGCUUAGAGACGGGGAAAAGCAAACAACUGCGUGACAGCAGAAGUUCUCUGACUGACUGCUGCUAUGUACAAGCUCUCAACUUCUGAAUGUUUACAUGUAUAGAGACAUCGCCUUGCACAGAGACAAGACUUUCUGCUGUAUGUUUUUUUUUUUUAAAUCUCUGAGGACAGACAAAAUGAGCGACAAGAAGAGAGAUCUUCUUUAAGAGAUUCUUGAAGAAUCUGCACUUUUUCUGCAUUUCCGAUAAAUGUGUUGCUUCUGCAUGUGUGGCCACCUUAUCAACUGUGUAUUGGUUAAUGUAACCGGAGAAUAUGUGUAAUGUUGCACCUGGUGGGAGGCUAUUUCAGUAUCAGAUAUAGUAAGCUACACCAUCCCUUGCCUUAAAAAACAGUCUUGUGUCUGCCUCUUGCAUGUCACAUGAUGGUAACUGAAACCUUGCGGUUUGCAGUGGUCGCUGUCAGUACAACGACAGGCAAAAUCUCAUCCCCUCCCUCUUGUCUCCACAUCUAAGCUGGGACCCCAAUCCCAACAUGGGUCUCAGGAGACUGCACACAAGAAUCUAACCUCAGCACGAGAACUUGGGUUGGGCAAAACAUACUAAAUAUUUAUUAGAAAGUUCAAGUGGCGCGACUGAAUGCUAAAGGUGGAAGUAUUUCAUAAUGAGAACAUAAUCUUUCAUGUCUUGGGAACAAGGUACAUGAUCCCUAACACGAGCCUUGGUGUCAUGACCCUGACCUCAAAUAUGAUAUAGACUUGUCUCAAAUGCUACCCGCAGUCCUUACUGUCUUUCUUUGAGUCCACAGUUUGGUGACGUAACGCUCGUUCAGACUGUUGUGUAGAAGCGCGCACCAGUGCAUGCUCAGGGAAAUGGGUACAACAAGGUCGCA